GCCACGUCUCCGCGCAUGCGCACCCUGCAGUGCGCGAGCGGUUCCGGGGUAGGUCGCUGAGGGGGCUGUUUAGUGUGAAAACAUCACCUUUUCAGGCACUCCAUACUCGGUUAUAUCACAGAGGUUUCUUCGGAAAGUGUAAUUUCAAGCACCGUUGACCCGCUGAAGGAUGAAUUUCAUCAGGGGCGUAAUAGGAGGACAGCCGGCGGGAGCGCAGCCGUCUGGGGUAGAGACUAUCCAGAAGCUGUGCGAUCGCGUGGCCUCGUCCACGCUACUAGAGGAUCGGAGGGAUGCUGUCCGCGCGCUAAAAUCCCUCUCCAAGAAAUAUCGCAUGGAGGUGGGGACCCAGGCAAUGGAACACCUGAUUCGCAUCCUGCAGACAGACAGGUCAGACUCUGAAAUCCUGGGUUACGCUUUGGACACUCUGUACAACAUCAUCUGCAAUGAUGAAGAUGAGGAACAAGACGAAUCAGAAGACGCUGCUGCUCCUGUCUCAGGCAAGACUAAAAGCGUAUCGGCACCUGAGGACACCCAGAGGAAGCAGGAUGACAUCGGAUCUCAGUUUACUGAGCGUUUUAUCCAGGAGCCAGAGAAUGUCACGCUACUGCUGUCUCUGCUGGAGGAAUUUGACUUCCAUGUCCGUUGGCCCGGAGUGAAGCUCCUGACAGCUUUGCUGAAGUGCCAGUGUACCCAGCUACAGGGCGUUAUCCUCGUCAGUCCCAUGGGUGUUUCCAGGCUAAUGGACCUAUUGGCUGACUCCAGAGAGGUUAUCCGUAAUGACGGCCUCCUUCUGCUGCAGCAGCUCACCAAAGGCAACGCAGCCAUCCAGAAGAUUGUGGCGUUUGAAAACGCUUUUGAGAGACUGUUGGACAUCAUGGCAGAGGAGGGCAGCAGUGAUGGAGGUAUUGUGGUAGAAGACUGCCUGCUCCUGCUGCUGACCCUACUGAAGAACAACAGCUCAAACCAGAACUUCUUUAAGGAGGGCUCCUACAUCCAGAGGAUGAAGCCGUGGUUUGAGGUGGGCGAUGACAACUCGGGCUGGUCAGCGCAAAAGGUCACCAACCUGCACCUGAUGCUACAGCUGGUACGAGUGCUGGUGUCCCCUGUGAAUUCUCCAGGUGCCACGGCCAGCUGUCAGAAGACCAUGUUCCAGUGUGGCCUGUUACAACAGCUCUGCACCAUUCUAAUGGCCACCGGGGUCCCUGCUGACAUCCUCACUGAGACCAUCAACACUGUGUCAGAGGUCAUCCGUGGGUCACAGGUCAACCAGGACUACUUUGCUUCUGUCAACGCUCCAUCCAACCCACCACGGCCUGCUAUCGUGGUGCUGCUGAUGUCCAUGGUAAAUGAGCGGCAGCCCUUUGUCCUGCGCUGUGCUGUGCUCUACUGCUUCCAGUGUUUCCUCUACAAGAACCAGAAGGGCCAGAGUGAGAUUGUGGCCACACUCCUGCCCUCCACUAUAGACGCAAACUCCAUCUCUGCAGGGCAGCUGCUUUGUGGGGGCCUGUUCUCAGCCGACUCUCUGUCUAACUGGUGUGCUGCGGUGGCGUUGGGCCACGCCCUGCAGGAUAACCUCACCCAGAAGGAACAGCUGUUGCGGGUGCAGCUGGCCACCAGCCUGGGCAAACCUCCCGUCUCCCUGCUCCAGCAGUGCACCAACAUCCUGUCCCAGGGUGAUAAACUCAGCCGGCGGGGCAGCAGGGUGCAGGCGCGGGUCGGCCUCCUCAUGCUGUUGUGCACAUGGAUGAGCAACUGUCCCAUUGCGGUCACACACUUCCUACACAAUCAGGACAACGUUCCUUUUCUGACGGCUCAAAUCUCGGAGAACCUGGGCGAGGACGAGAGGCUUGUGCAGGGCCUGUGUGCCCUCCUGCUGGGCAUCUGUAUCUAUUACAAUGACAACUCUCUGGAGAACUAUACCAGAGAGAAACUGAAGCAGCUGGUUGAGAAGCGUAUCGGGAAGGAGAACUUUGUGGAGAAGCUGGGCUUCAUCACCAAGCACGAGCUGUAUUCCCGUGCGGCCCAGAAACCCCAGCCAACCUUCUCCACCCCCGAGCACAUGUUGUUCGACCACGAGUUCACCAGGCUGGUCAAAGAGCUGGAGGGCAUCAUAACGAAGGCAGUGCACAAGUCAAGUGAGGAGGAGAAAAAGGAGGAAGAGGUGAAGAAGAGUCUGGAACAGCAUGACAGCAUCGUCACUCAGUACAAAGAGCUGAUCAGGGAGCAGGACGUUCAGUUGAACGAGCUGAAGGACCAAGUGGCAUUGCUGACCGCGCACCAGGAGCAGAUGCAGACCACCAUCACGCAACAACUCUCCCAGAUCCAGCAGCACAAAGACCAGUACAACAUCCUCAAACUCAAACUAGGUAAAGAUGGUGUUGUGUCUGGGCAGGCGGAGGAAGCCCAUGAGAACGGACUUCAGCUAGAGGAAUUUACUCUGCUCAGAGACGAGUUGGAGGAGUUACGCAGACAACAUGCACAGCUGCAAACGCAAGUCACAGAAAAGGACACACUCAUCACCAGCCUGAAAACCGAGGGGCUGCGGCCAGUGGAAGGCUCAGGAAUCGCGUCUGGACCCACAGAGCUUCUGAAGGAAGUGGAGGCACUGAGGGAGCAGGUGCAGAACCAGGAGGUGGAGAUCGCCAACCUGCACAGUGACAGGCAGGAGCUACAGAGGAGAGCAGACACUGUGCAGGUGUCUUCUGCAGUCAGUGUGGGGGAGGCAGGCUCUGUAUCUCAAGUGGCAGAGCUGGAGAGCAGACUCUCAGCACAGACCGCCGAGACACACAGACUACAGGAGGAGUUGCGGGGUCUCUCUGAGGUCAAGGCGGCACUAGAGAAGGAGCUGGCGUCAGCCACCAGCACAGUAGCCAUCUUGCAGGCAGAGAAAAGCAGACUGCAGCAGGACGUCUCGGAGUCCAAGAAGGAGCAGGAUGAUCUCCUGAUGCUGCUGGCUGACCAAGACCAGAAGAUCCUCACCCUCAAACAUAAGCUCAAAGACCUGGGAGAAAUGGUUGAGGAUGAGGACGAUCUGGACGCUAGGGACCCAUCUGAGGAAGAUGAGGAGGAGGAGGAGGAUGAUGAUGAAUAGAGAGACUGCAUCAGUUCACCAGAAUGGAGGGAAAAGUGAAAGGCCUUUCUGAUCCCUUCCAUGCCUACACUAAUCUGCAGAGGGAGAGGCAGGACGGGGCCUUGGAAUGGUGCUCCAGGACAUUCCCACAAUCCUCUGCUUCUAUUUACCCAUCCAGCAGACUCCUCUGUUCAGUUCUGGUGUUGAUUUCUUUAUUUUGUGGCCUGAUUGGAGGAUCUGGUUUUCUCGUGUACUUCUACUGGACCAUCAGAAGCCUUGUGUGACCUCUCCAGACACUGCUACAGACGUGCUCAGGUCACGGCAUCUCUUGGCCAUCCAAUCGUUGUUAAAGACAUGCACGCAUCUUUAAAAAAAAAAAGAUUCUUUUUUUAAGGUGCAAAAGAAGAAAACUGCAUCCUACAGAUAAGAUGCCAUAACUGGAGAUAUAAAUACCCAAAAGAAACUCCACCUCCUGUGGCUUUUUGUGUGUUUAUAUGCUGUGCUUUCAUACUUUGCACCUGCAAACACAGUUUAUUAGUGUUUUUUUCCCCUGGCUACAGCACAGAGGAGUUGAAAUGUCCCACCUGAAGCGGCUGGGUUGGUAAAAACUACUCGGGAGAAAACAUUUUCCUCUCACACACUGCCUCUGUCACCUGAGAGUGGCAGGUCACUUGGUCAGCCUUCCCAAGUGUUAGUGCGAGGGAGAGAGAGAGAGAGAGAGAGAGAGAGAGAGAGAGAGAGAGAGAUUUAAUGUAUGCCUUCAUUGCUUAGGUGCACUGGUGAACUUGCUCUUCACUGCCCAUCUCUAAAACAGCAGCUAGGGGGCAGUGUGGGGACACACCCACCUUGAUUGGCACCUUAGAACACCAACCUCUUCACAAAGCUGCUGUUCAGUGAUGUCCAGUACCCUUCCCCCCUCAAACUGCUGCUGAAAUGCGUGCGCGUGCACACACAGAGACAGACAGCCUCAUCAGCCUUCAGGGGUUCUGCUGGGACAAUGCAUUCAGGUUCAAGUUAUCAGAGCUAUUUUUGCAGGCUUCGUCUGGUUUAGAUGUUCACACAUUUAAUUUAUGGACAUAAUCUGCUUAAAGUCACAUCAGUAUACAGAAUAAAUUCCCUUAUAGGUAACGAGGCUUUUAAACUCAUGUACUUGGGAUUAAAUAUUGCAGUUAGAUUUCAUUGCAUAGACAAGUUUCACCAUUGUGUUUUAUUAUCUGCAACAGUGUACUUAAGAAAACAUCCAGGAUGCUGGCUCUGAUAAUUGUUUGGUUAAUCCCACAGCAUUAGUUGUACUAUAGUUAAUUUUUGUCAUUGUUAAAUGAACAUUCACAUACUUUAAGAAGCAAUGGUUAAAAAUGGAAGCAGUGAUGCUGGGAGAGGAAAUGUUUGCUCUGCUGAGAGAACUGUCACUGUUUGAGAGCUUAAGAGUUUGAAUUUCACAGUUUUAAUGUGAAAAGUUCUUAACCACCUGGCUGAGGAAGACUACUAACGAAACUCAAAAACGCAGAGCAGUGUUUCCUUUUUAAAACUGGACUGAUCCGUGCACAUCUCCCGAAGUUCUGCUCUUGACCAACCUUUUGUAUGAAUUGCGCUUCUGUUGCGACUCCAGGCCAUUUUGCAUCAGGUUAUCAUGAAUAAAGGGCAGAUAUUCUGG